GCGCCAGCUUCAUUCCAUUAGACCCCUCUCUCUCUCUCUCUCUCUAGAACUCUCUCUCUCUACUGCGAAAGCUCAUCUUUCUGGCCAACUCCCACUGGCAUUUCUCUUGCAAAAUCAAUGGCGCCAGUGACCCCCAAAGACCAGACGCAGAUCGAAAUCAAGCCUCAACAGCCAAGAUUCUCCGUCGAUUGCGCCGAUGAUUCACUCAAAGGUCAGAGGGUUCCCUUCUUCGGACCCCUCUCGCAGAAGAGAGAGAAUACCUGGGUCAUCUCGCUCUUCGUGAUGCUUCACCUGCUGGCUUUCGCAGCCACCAUGAUCGUCAACGAUUGUUGGCAGAACUCUCACGGCGAGUGCGCGUUGAGUCCACUAGGAAGGUUGUCGUUUCAGCCUCUCUCCGAGAACCCUCUUCUCGGUCCCUCUGCUUCAGCGCUGGAUGAAAUGGGGGCUCUUCGAAAAACGCUCUUGACAAAACAUCACCAAACUUGGCGUGUUUUUACAUAUCCAUGGUUGCAUGCUGGGGUUGUCCACCUUCUCAUCAACCUCUCCAGCAUUAUUUUUAUUGGAGUUCACUUAGAGCAAGAGUUUGGACCAUCAAGGAUAGGAAUUAUCUACAUACUCUCUGCUGCUUUCGGUGGUGUGGUGGCUGCACUAUUUGUCCAAGACCGACCAUCAGUUUCUUCCUCUGGUGCUCUAUUUGGGUUGCUUGGUGCCAUGGUUUCAGGCCUUAUCCAAUACUGGAACUUUUACAGCAAAAAGUUUUCAGCUCUUCUGGCUUUUUUCUUUAUCUUCACAAUCAAUCUUGCCCUUGGUCUGAUGCCUUAUAUCAACAAUUUUUCAAAUAUUGGAGGAUUUAUAUCAGGAUUCCUUCUUGGAUUUGUGCUCCUGUUCAGUCCUCAGCUUGGGCAAAUGGGUAAAAACAAAGGAGGUUUAUUUGAUUAUGAUGUCGAAGAUUCCCCCAAAGUCAAACUGAGACAGAAGCUGGAUAAGCCUUUGAUGAGGAGUGUUUCUCUUGUUCUCUUCAGUCUGAUUUUUGCAGGUGGUAUUAUAGCCGUUGUACAUGGCAUAAAUGUGAGCAAGUACUGUCGCUGGUGUCAAUAUAUUGACUGUGUUCCCUCCAAAUGUUGGAGCUGCAAUGACAAACCAAUUCAUUGUGAGACCAUGGCAACCGUUGGUCGUCUCACUUUGACUUGUACCGGUACUGACAAGUUCAGGAUUUUCCCCUACACUGACAUUUCACAAACAAGGAUCAAGGACUUGUGCACCCUGAUAUGCUCUUAGAAGCUUGCUGGUUGUAAUGAUUUUGUCUAGAAUGUGAACAUGAGAAGAAAAUUCUCAUCAUCUUGGGUGUUUGCAGGCUUGCAGCAUAGCUACAAAAGUAGGAUUUCAUCAUGUAUACAAUGAAAGUGACAUCUUUAGGGCUUCUUCGAGCCCAAACAUUUUGGGCUGGCCCAAAUCAUCCAGCCCAUUUUACAUCCUUAACACAUGAGAAAACUGA